CAUGGCGGGUGGGGAUGGUCCGCUACGCGCUCUGCUCCGCGCCGCCAACAAGCUCCUGCAGCAGCGCCGCUACCAUGCCGCGCUCGCUGUCAUCAAGGGCUUCCGCAACGGCGCCGUCUAUGGAGCCAAAAUCCGUGCCCCUCAUGCCCUGGUGAUGACUUUCCUGUUCAAGAGCGGAAGUUUGAGGGAGAAGCUGAAGGCCAUUGCUCAGGCCACCUACGCCCACUCCCGGAACUUGGCCUACUUCGUCUUCACCUACAAGGGGCUCAUGGCAGCACAGUCCCGCCUGCAGGGGAAGAAAAUCCCAUUCCAUGCUUUCCUUGCAGCCUGCAUUGGGGGCUGGCUGGUGUUUGGUGAGAACAAUCCCAUCAACAGCCAGAUCAUCAUGUACCUGCUGUCCCGGAUCCUGUUCGGCCUGUCCCGGCUGGCUGUGGAGAAGGGCUACAUCCCACAGCCCAAGCAGGAUCCCUUCCCCCUCGUGGCUGCCCUGGUGUGGGGGACAGUGCUGUGGCUCUUUGAGUACCACAGAGAGACUCUGCAGCCCUCCCUGCAGUCCUCCAUGACCUACCUGUACGAGGACAGUGAGGUGUGGCACGACCUGUCUGACUUCCUCCUUUACAACAAAAGGACAGACAGCAAGUAGGUGCUUCCCUGCAAAGCACCUUUGGAUGGGAUGGGACCUCUGGGCAGCUGAGGGGAAAAGGUUAUUCUGUUGCUCUUGACCUGGGAUUUUUUAAAUUAACAUCUAUCAAGCAGAGUUGCCUCUUGUAUCCUGGCCAAAAUGUUCUGAUUAGUCUCUUGGCUCUGUUUAGAGCAAGUAAACACCCCACAGAAACUGUCUGCAGAAACGCACACCCCACAGAAACCUGCUGCAGUCUUUUUUAAGAGGCCUUUUUUUCCCCUCUGUGUUUGGGUUUGGGGUUUUCUGGGUAUUGUUUUUUAAGAAACUAAAUAUAACUUAUAAAGAGACAGCCUGACAGUAAGUGGAGAGUAUGAAAACAUGUUUUAGGGCUCACCUGAAUGCUCACAAGUGUUUUUUCUCUGUGCUGCUGUGCUCACCGUGGUGUGGUGGGAGUGGGGGACAUCAUGAAAGCAGGGAUGUUAUUUUUUCAUUGCUGUGGAUGGCUGGAAAUCCUGCUUAAACUGUUACAAGGACACAUUACAAGUUGUGUGCUCCUUGAGAGAGUUUAUCUGGACCUUUCCCUCUGGGAGACAAUAAAAUAUUUGAGAAUAAAACUGUUAAGAUUGUCUUGUACAAGCCUGGUAAAUCAUGCUUGGCAGGACUAUUUUUGCUCAGUUUCUCCCAUGCACUUGGGCUGAAUCUGUGCCUCUGCAAAGUGCACUAAUUAAUACCUUGUAAUUAUUUUAAACUUACUUGUAAAGUUUUUAAAAGCUGCUUGAACUAAAUACCAAAAUCAGUUAUGCAACUUGGGCUCCUCUGCAAACAGGCCGGGGCGUGUUCCCGCCCUCAGAUCUCACACUGAGCUUUGAAAAGGCACUUUUAUUUUGGGGGAAGGCACACAUGGGUUUCUCUUAGGGCCAGGAUCUGCCCUCCACAGGAGUGGCAGGGGUUGGCUGUAAUCAAAUUGGAAUGUACCUGUAGUUUGUGCAGGUUUGCUGCUGAGCCAGGUUGAGGCCAUGGAUGAAUGUAUGAGUGACUCUUAAAACUGCUGAGCCCCAGGAUGGUGCAGCACACCCUGGGCUGUAGCAGAAGAUUGACUAAACAACUGAGAAAGCACAAAAACUGCUUUAAAAUUAAAUUAAUAAAUUCAAGCUGUUAAUACACUGCCAUAUGACACUACACGGUUCACUCGAUGAUGUGCAUUCAGAUAAUUCCUGACGCACUGGUUUGAUGUGGUGAAGUUUCCAAGGGAGUCAUUAAGUUCCCUGUUCCCUUUUGGCUUGGCUGGGACUGUUUUGUUUGCUCUCCCUGUGUCCAUUUGCUUGUUCCUGAGCUGCUCAUGUCAUUGCAUAAUCGUGCUGAUGCUGUUUUCAUCAUGUUUUGAACUCUCUUUACCUUCCAGGCUCUGGCAAUUUGUCCUAUGCAAAGGUACAACUGAAACAGUACAUUGAACUUCAGGUGGCUUCUGAGUAGAAAAAAAUUCCCAAUUUCUUCUUAAGUGAUUUUUCCUUGUCCUCCUAAACUGUUUUGUUACUCUUAUGCAUAUUCAGAGUGCUGCUUUAUUUUUUGUCUUCCCACUUUUCUUUGAGCUUGUGCCAUGCAAACCCCUGAUUGUACAUGGUGUCCAAAAAACAAGAUACUUCUUUGCCAUAAUAACUGUCUGAGGUACCUUUAACUCCUAGUUUCACCUGCUAUUACAGUCUGGACUAAAUACUUCAAUUGGAACAUUAAUCAGCAUUUAAUCAGACCCCAGGAAAGUUAUAAAAGUCAGGAAUUGGGUUUGUUUCUUUGUGGUUAAAUAUUUUUCUUGGCAUAGAUAAGCUUAAAGAUUCAGAUACAGAAAAACUACUGAAGCUACAGAUCAGGUCUGACUCCUUUAUAAACAUCUUUAUUUGCUGGGUAGCUGAAGCAUCACGAUUUUCCUGUCAGAAGCCUCAGUGUUGUUCCAAAUGAGAACAUUUGUAUUCUGCUAAUAUUGCUGAAUUCCUCCAAGCUUUGAUGGGAUUUCAGAAAACCCUUCCACAACCUGACAGCUGUGGCUUGGGAAUUUCUCUCUAAAACUAUUAGACUCACAAAUCCUUGACCGUGUGUAAUUGUUGCAGCCAGAGAUGGCACGGGGCUGGUUCCGUGAGAAGUUUUUAAUCUCGUUUCAUUUGUAGCUGGUGUUUUCUUCCUCUGAGAAAGGCUUGUGAUUCCCUUAGAGGGCGAAAUGAUUUCCUUUUGCUAGUAGUUGUAGCACUGCAACCGAGUGGCUGCUGCUGAAGUUCUGAAGGACAAGUGGCCUGUCCUUUGUACCCAGACGUAGAGUCUGCGCUCUCUGGAAGGUGAAUCCGAGCCAAUACCCAGUUUACAGGAUCAACCUGGCAGCAGCGACUGUGUCACUGGCUCAAAGAAACACCCUUUUUCUCCUGGGAACGUCCCCCCAGUCUCACUUUGCGAGCACACUGUGCCCCAGCCUCCAGCCAUCUGCACUGGAGCCCCAGGAAGCAGCUGCCAUCCCUGUCCCUGCCUGCCCAGCCGGGCGCUGGGACCGUUGGUGUUCCCGCUGGGCCGGGGGCAGGACGUUAAGCUGCAAGUCACUGCUUUCCCCAGGGAAGCAAUUGGAACAGCUCCUUAAUGACAUCAGCCCCCAGUGCUGUCCCUGGGACCAGAUAGCUGGGGAUGAGCCCCUUCUGCCGCCAAGGUGUCGGAACAAUGCGGGCGUGUAGUAGGGAAGUGAACUAGAAGUAAUUUGUCUGAGUCAGACUUUUGGGAUACGUAAGUUACACUCCCUGCCCUCCCCCAGGGCAUUGUGUGGGGAGUUGAGCCCCCUGUUUGGGUUCCUUUUUUUAUUAGCAUUAAAACUAGGAGAAAUAAAGAGACAGUUGGGAAGCCACCUGCGAAUCAGCCAAGUGCUUAAGGAUCACAAAGAAAUGCCAUUUUCUCCCCCCCACCCCCAGCCCUGACUGGUUUUGAAUUUUAAGAUGAACAUGGGUUUGUUUGUCUACACCAGUUUAUUUUCUCCUGUUAUUUCUUCUUUGACACCUGGCUUAUGCUGAGUGUCUCUAAAGAGGAGCAGAGUGUCUCAAUCUUAGCUCAGUUCAUAAAAAAUUAGGAUUACUGGAUAAAAGUAAUGUUUAAAAUGAUACUUCUUCAGAUUUUAAGCCUCUUUUAGAGGCAGUUUUAAAGGUUAAUGAAUCAAACUGAUCAAAAGUUUUCAGCAAGCCUGAGCUUCUCAAGCAGGCUGACUAUCCUGAGCUAUUAAUCAUUUAUUUUAUGGAGGAACAAAGCAGGCUCGGGGUUGUUUACUGAUGCUGCCUGCUGCCCUGGCAUACCCACUGUGCUUCCCUUCCCUUUGGAGGACACGUUGUGUACUGGUGCUGGCUCUCAGGAUGGCUGGAGAACCAUUUCCGGGACAAUUACAUUAUUUAACAAAGGUGAAAAUUAAAUGGGUGCCUGACAUUUGGGUUAGCUAAGGUUUUCUGUGCUGUGUUUGAUCCUGUCAGCUAAGGGGAGUGCAUUUCUGAAAGGAAAGCCUGUGCUUGUCCAAUAAGUGCCACAGAGAAUCCCUUGAAAAGGUGUGAGCCUGUGUUUGUAGCAUGACAACAAUAACCAGAUAAAUGUCCAUGUUCAGGACAGGUGUCAUAGAAUCAUGGAAUGGUUUGAGUUGGAAGGGACAUUAAAUAUCUACUCCAACUCCCUGCCCUGGGCAGGGACACCUUCCACUAGCCCAGGUUGCUCCAAGCCCUGUCCAACCUGGCCUUUGGACACUUCCAGGGAUGGGGCAGCCACAGCUUCUCUGGGCAACCUGGUCAGGGUGGAGAGGCUGCAGAAGAGCUUUGAUGUCAGUGCUGUGAGACUUCCUUGCCCUGGUAGAAUAGAUCAAAGCUCUGCUUUAGACCAGGUUGGGUGUGGGUGGAAAUGCAGGGAUGAUCCCUGGCUUGUGAAAGAGAGCCAAGCCAGGCAUCCAUGGGGACCCCCAUGACCCCCUGUGCACACUGAGCUUGUGGAGUGACCAGAACCCUGUGGAGAUACCCUCACACAGGAGAAACUCCUGGGAUUCCAACUGAUUUUCACUGCAUCAGCACAAAUGUGACCUUUGGAUAAUACCCUGAGCCCUGUGCUGCUUCCUAUUGCUCAGGUUGUGUUUGUGUUCCUGGCUCGUGCCAACCUGAGCAGAAUGUGUUUUCUGAUGCUGCUUUUGAAAUCCAGCAGAUAAGGAGGGGGAGGGAAAAUAAGGCAUAAUGUCUGUCUGCCACUGUUAAUGUUUCAGGGGUGCUAAUCUUGAAUUGUCAACCUGUGUGUUCGUUCCAGAUUGUUGGAAGAGGUAACUUUUUUCUUUGCUUAGAAGAAUUUUCAUCUGUCCCUGGUGAUGAGGAAAGGAGAAAAGCAAAUUAAAAGCUCUCUAAUACAAGUAUUAUUACCUCUCUUUUUGGCAUAUAAUUUGUGCUCACAAUUGCUGUGUAAUCCAAGCCCUGAUUUUCUGAUGGUGUAGAAUAAAGUUAUAAACUCAGGUAACUUGUAUGACACUGAUCAAAAUGCUUGUAGGAAUAUCUCAGUUUUUGGUUUUAAAACAUGCAAAAGAGGGGGCAGUGUGUUGUUGAUGUAGCUCUGUCUACUCUGAAUUGAUUUCUUAUGUGGAUUUUAUCUGUAUAAUCACUCUUUGAAUAUUACAAUACCAUGCUUUCUAUAAGAAUAAAAAACCCUAAUUUUUGGUGGG